GGGGAUUACAUGUUAGACCAUGUGUUUUUUUCAGGUUUAAAACCCUGCUGAGCUUUAUGUUUUGUUCAAUAACGACAAGCAAAAUUGUACAGAGCCCUCUCUUCCAGCACAAGUCGUCGGCGCGUCCAAGAUGGCCGUCAACGUCCCCGGCACCGUGGUCAUGUCCUUGUUCUACCUGCUGGUCCUGGGCAUCGGCAUCUGGGCCUCCUUCAAGUCCCGCAGGGAGAAGAAGAAACGGGCCACCUCCUCCCUGGAGAUGACGUUGCUAGGCAACCGCCGCAUCAGCUUGCUGGUGGGAAUCUUCACCAUGACGGCCACGUGGGUGGGAGGCGGCUUCAUCGUGGGCCUGGCGGAGAUGGUGUACACGCCCUCCUUGGGCGUGGCCUGGGCCGCCGUGAUGGUGCUGGGCUACAGCGCUUCUUUCAUCCUGGGUGGCGUCAUGUUCGCCGGGCCGCUCCGUGAAAGGCACUGCGUCACAAUGCUGGAUCCUUUCAUGCUCAAGUACGGCAAAGUUCUGACGGGCGCUUUGUCGGUGACCUCGCUCUUCCUCGACGUCUUCUGGGUUCCUGCCACCCUCAUCGGCCUGGCGGGCGUGGCCAUCACCUACACGCUGCUGGGGGGUCUCUACUCUGUGGCCUACACUGAUGUCGUCCAGCUGCUCCUCAUCUUCUUCAGCCUGUGGGCGUGCGUUCCCUUCGCCCUGACCAAUCAGCACGUGAGCCACAUCGGCUCCACGCUGAUGAACAACACAAUCCAUCCUCCUUGGAUCGGUGACUGGAACAUCUACAACUUCUGGGUCCUUCUGGAUAACUUCUUCUUUAUAGCGCUGGGCAGUCUGGGGUAUCAGACCUUCCACCAGAGGACGUUGUCGGCGGCGUCGCCCGCGACGGCCAAGCGUCUGUGCCUCAUCGCCGCCGCCGUCAUCCUGGUCUUCGCCGUUCCUCCCAUCCUACUGGGGGCGGUGGGGGCGUCCACAGACUGGAACGUGACGUCCUACGGGUCUCCGUCGCCGCGGGAGCGCGGCGAGGCGGCACUGGUCCUGCCGUUGGUGCUGCAACACCUGACCCCGCCCUACAUGUCCAUCGUGGGCAUCGGCUGCGUGGCCGCCGCCGUCAUGUCGUCGGCCGACUCCGCCCUGCUUUCGGCGGCGUCCGUGUUCUCGUCCAACAUCUACAAGAACAUCCUGCGGCCGCAGGCGUCGGAGCGAGAGAUCCAGCACGUGAUCCGCCUGACGGUGGUGGUGGUGGGCGUGACUGGCACGGCGCUCACCAGACUGAAGACCAGCGUGAUCCUGUUCUGGUUCCUGGGCGCCGAGGUGUCCUACAACGUCAUCUUCCCCCAGUUGUUCUGCGUCGUCUUCUUCGACGUCGCCAAUGGUUACGGCGCAGUGGCGGGCGGCGUGCUGGGCCUCCUGAUCCGGGUGCUGAGCGGCGAGCCCAUGAUAGGCCUGGCGCCCGUCAUCGUCUUCCCGGGGAGCGCUCUGGAGGACGGGGUCCACGUGCAGCGCUUCCCCGUCAAGACCUUCGCCAUGCUGUGCUCGCUCGCCGCCAUCUUGCUCUUCUCCUUCCUGGUGUCUCGGCUUUUCAAUGGCGGACUACUUCCUGUCAGGUGGGACGUCUUCCGGGUGACCGCUCGGACCCCGGCGCCGCCACAGCGCCCCCUGCGUGUGAACAGCAGCACCGAAGCCUCCGAGUCCAUGAUGACCGCUGCGUGUUGAAGCAGCGGCCAGCAGGGGGCGCCAACAUUCACCAGAAGGAAACGCUUGUGUUCAAAAUCUACUUUAUUGACAACUUUCAUGCAACUUCCAUCAAGUCCUCCUCAAACUUCCUCCAACCCUCCCGAGACGUCUCAACUUUGCCUUUUUCAUAAAUCCAACACGUUAUUAUAUCAAUAUAUCAUAUUAAAUCACAUGUUAUAGAUCAGGGCUGUCAAAACUUUUUCCAUCAAGGGCCACACACUGAAAAGUCAAAGUAUGUGGUGGCCACUUUGGUAUUAUUAAUUUUUUUUAAAAAGCUAAAAAAAAGACAUAACUUUAUUGUUAUGAUUUAUUGGUUUGAACUUUUCUGCUUUUCCUCAUUACAUUCUGAAUUUUGACCUUAUUUUUUUACUGUUUUUUUUUUUUAGACCAUUUUUUGCAGGCAAACAA